AACUUUUUAACUAAUCGAUCUUCCGCUUGAACAGAUAAAAUUUAACUUUUACUUAACAGCUCAGCUGAUUAAGAAAAAUUGUGUUACUCAUUUGUUGUACAAAACAAGGUAAUCAAAGCUUAAGCCUAUGUAAUAUGUAAUUAUUAAGUCCCUUAAAAAAAUAAAUAUCCCCUAUAUUUAUAUAAAAAGUAUUUAUGUUCUUACUUUCUGAUUUGCCAUUGUCAUAUUUCCAAUUUCCGGGUUGAAUGGGUGGGGUGUUUAACUGUUUAGUGGGCUCUAACUAAAAACUUAUAAGUUAGGAGUUAGGAGGCCAUCCAUAAAUGACGUCACGUGCCUAAAAAAGGAGGGGGGAAAAGGGGGGUCAGAUUUUUGUGACGAGGGGGGGAGGCCCUCAAGCAAUGUUUAAAGAAUUGCACUUAUAUAACACUAAAUUACAGACAUUUUUAACAUUAUUCUUUUAUACAAUUAUAAUUAUUUUAUUUUUAAACUACUAUCACUGAGAGAAUCAGUACAGGCAGGGCCAGGUAUAGGGGAUGGCGAAGUGGGCGACCGCACGUUGCUGUAGUAUAUUUAUAAUAUACCUCAGCCUGCUAAUACUAAUAGUUCCUAAUCCACAAUAUUCGGAGUUAUUAGAUUGUCAAAUGGUCUGAAGGUCAGUCUGGCUACCGUUAUGACGCGUCCCAUUACCCAUUAUGACCAGCAAGGCCCCAGUAUGACUAUAACAUGUCUUAAUAUCCUAUCGGCGGAAUAUAUAACGUUAACAGGUAUGUGCAGUCCGAAGAAUGGCCUCUGAUCAAGUUACAGGAUGCCAAGGAGGAGGGGAAUCGGAGUGUAAUUACAAUGACAGUCGUGAGAAUUUAUGGCUCAAUGUCGACGUGGGAAGUGGGAUGGAGCGUAAAAAAAGGUUGACCCCGGGAUGGGGGUUAUCUUAGAAAAUGCUCGUAGGGCAGGGAUUCAUAACCUUUUUUGCAACGUUGCAGGCCCACUCUGUUUUAAACAUCCCUCCCCCAACCGUAUAAAUUAUAUUGUAAUAAAAUUUAAAAUAAUUACAUAAUUUAGCUAUUGUAGUUUUAUUUCUUUAAUUAACUUUUUAUAAACUGGAAAAAAUUACCAAUACACGCAAUGCGCCAAUGAAAUUCAGCAUUAAUGCUACUCAUCAAAAUCCAUAAAAACUUGCUUAUUUUUAUUUUUUAGAUUUGUUAUUAUUUUUUUUAAAACUAGCAAUGGCAGCAAAUACAAUCAGUGGCGUAGCUAGGGUUGGUGUCACCUGGUCCGGUUAGCUCGUGUGUCACCCACCCACCCCCUUUUCACGAUGUAUUUUUUCUUGUUAAACUUAGUCCACAGUAUAAGAAAUACAAGAACAAAUUAAAUGAAGCUAAGGAGGUAAAUGUAUUUCAGAACUGUAACUUGUACUUAGAAUCGCCAAUUGUUAUCAAAGGAUAGUUGUAUUUCUUAGAAUUUAGAUAAAAAUAGCUUCCUGAAACUUACAAAAGUUACUGAACACUUCAUUCGGCAUUAAAACAAGGUCAAAAUGGCGUGUAUAAUAAUAUGGUAAUCUAAUUGCCAGGGCAUCAACCUUGAAAUUUUAACAUUAACGAAACACGAAUUUUGAUUGGUUACAUGGGUGGAAAAUAUACGUGUCAUCUGUUAUCCUUUUAUGAAUUUCGGUUAGACCGAACAGUGUGUGCUCUGUAAUUACGUUAUUUUUCAAUUUGGUGUCACCCCCUGAGAUGGUGUCGACCGGUGCAGUCCGCACCCCCCUAGCUAUGCCACUGAAUACAAAUGUUUGGUCUUCCACACCUCAAGGCUGGCAAGGUACUUGUACCCCUGAUUAAGAACCACUGAUCUAGUGAAAUUUUUCUGACACGGGUGCAGUAAUUUGAUAUCCAUGGGAGGCGAAUUUCUUAAGGGUUUGUAAAAGACAGUAGUGGACACAGGGACUUUUAUAUGGGGGGGGGGGGGGCGGGGUUUUGUGAUGUUAUAUUUGAGGGGUGUAUAACUUUUUGUGACGAUUUGUAACAAUGGGGGGAGGGGGGUAAAAAUCGGCAAAAUUUGCGUGACGUCAUUUAUGGAUGGCCCCUUAGUAUUACCCCCUAUUAUCCUAUAUAUAGAUUAUGAAGUUUUAUUGAUUUGAAAAUGUGUUUGGUUUUAGAAACUGAAAAUUUUCGGGACACCGGGUACGAUCGUGAAAAAAAAGUGACAAUCCCGUUUUUACGGGACGUUUUGUCACCCUAAAUACUAAGUCACUUAGUCAUUGUUUUUAACGAUCCCAAAGAAUUUAAAUUUAUUCAUGUCUUUAGGGUUAUUUGGUCAGCCUAGCUCAUUCUUAUAUAUAUAAGCAGUUAUAUAUUUUUUUAUUUUUACUAUUUAUUUGUGUAAAUUACAUUAUUAAUGUAUUUUUUAAAAAGUCCACUGAAAAGGGGGGGGAGGUCCAAAAUAUGGGCCCAAGUAACGUCAUGUCAUAUAUGGAUGGUCUGUUAAAGAUAUCGGCUUUAAGUUCCUUUGCAAUUUCUUUACUAAAUGAUAUAUAUAUCACAGUACUUCACUGCUUAACAAUGUGGUGGUAUGUCAACCAACACUUCAACAUUGUUUGGUCUUUAUGAAUAAUACCACUCUCCGACUAUUCUGUGAAGCUCAGUGUAAAAAUAAACCUAGGAAAUUUAUUAAAAAAACAAUUUUAAUCUGAUUUAUACAAUCUAUUUUCUAAUCUAGUGAUAGUGGCUUCCUUAUCAAUACAUGAAAUGAUUUUAGAGUGAGUUAAUUAUCAUAAUUGAAUACAAUCAUUGCCAGUAUAAUCAUUAUCACAAAUAAUAAUUGUUUAGGUAUGUACGUAUGGCUGUACCAAAGUGUUCAAUAGGCUCGCAAAAUAAAAUUCCCAGAAAUUAGCACUAAUUGGGAUUCUUAUAAAGUCGUUAUUUGAAUGCAUGCUUCGUCAAGUAACUUUAAAAGAUAAGAAGUUCACACAUUGCCACGUCUACUGUUUAGUGGGUUAUUUCUAGUGAUGAAUAAAAUUAGUUAAUAAUAUAUAAAAUUUAUGUGUUCACAAUGUUAAAAUCUUAUAAUUGAAUGUCAGUGCCGGUAGAUUAUUAAUCUCAAUUAAUUAAAUACACUAAAUAUCCCAAAUUCAUAAUUCAUUUGAUCUGUUUCUGAAUAAUAAAGUACUUUAUAACCCAAAUACAUUAUUAUAACUAAUAUCCCCAGAUAAAUAACCUACAAAGCAGUAUGCAGAGGUUAGAUCCUUUUAGAGCUGAUGCCAGGUCCUGGCCAGAACUUGUGGGAAAGGUAUGUGUUAGAAAAAUAAUUUUACAAUCAUUAACUUGAGCAGAUAACCAAAUUUGCUUCUUUAAAGUACAUUUAAGAUUUGAAAUUAAAAUAUUGAAAGACUGUAGCAACAUUUUAAAGGCAUAGUGAAGUAUUGUACUCUGAGGUUUAAAUGUUCUGUAUUUUAUUAUGUAAAUUCUACAUUUAUAAAUAUAAAAUGUAUUACUAUUACUUUCAGACAUUUAAUGAAGCAGCAAAGAAAAUUAAAGAAGAUUAUCCAGAGGCCCAGGUGUGUGAAUUGCAUUGUAAAAAAGGAAAUUAUUUUAAUUUAUUCUCGUACGGUAAUUAUUUUAAUGGGUAUACCGAUAAUCUAAGGCAAUUUUUAAUUUUACUCAAGUAACUGAGUGGUGAGUGGGCCGCAAAGAGUUUUAAAUAUUAAGUUAGUUAGAAACUCAAGAAAUUCAGUUCCUCAGAUUUAUAUUCUUUUAUUUAUACUUAGAGUGUUGUAAAAAAAAAACAAUAGUAGAAGAAAAACCUAAAAAAGAGGACAACAUAAAGUAUCAAAAUGGCGCAGCGAACAAUGGUGUACUUCGGGCUGUGAUUCAAACUUUGAAUGCAAAACAUGUGGGGUGUGCUAGAUAAGUAGUUUUGCGUGAGCCUAUUGGAGAACAAAUAUCUCAUAGCAGAUCAAGCCUUGUUAUUUUGGCAGGCAGACGGUGGGAAGUUUUUGGUUAAUUUACAAUCCUUAGAGGCUCCAAUCCCAACUAAAGUCUAAACCCCAAACCAAAACCCUGAAGACUUGUGUGUUUCUUCACUUUUAGUCUCUGCUAUCUAAGACACACUUUUAUUUUUAUAUAAGUAAAAUUGUCUUUGAGAUAUAACCCAUGGAUAAAUUUGAAAAGACUCUAAUUUGCUAAAUAUUAAAAUAUCCUCUUAAAGAGUGAUACUUGCAAAUAUACUCAGAUAUAGAUAAUUAAAUCCAUUUUCCAGACAACAUAUAAGUUAUAGCAUAAUUCCCUACGGUUUCAGAGCAAUAAAUGAUUGAACUUUUACAAACAAAAAGUGCUAAAUAACGGUUCCCUAUCUGAGCCUGCAUGCUCGGGUAGGACAGAGAGAAGCAGUUCACUGUUGCUAUUGGCUGACACCCGCCACCCCACCCCUCCCCUCCCGAGGCAAAAUUCCAUACUGCCACACUCAAAUUUUUAUUCCUUCAAGUGGCAAAACAGUCUUUAAAUGCUAGCACAUGCAAAGAUGAAAUUGGAUCUAUUUUAACGUAUGUCUAUAAGUGCCAUUCUCCCCCCCCCCCACACACACACACAUUGUCACACAUAGCAAGACACCUCAUUAUUCAUUGUCAAAAAUAUGUGCAUCCCAUCAGUUAUGGAUAUACACGUUUCUGAAGAAACAGAGUGUGGCAAUAACUAGAUAUAUUACUAUUGUGUGAUUAAAAUUUUUUUUUUAGUUUAGUACCAGUAUUUUACAUUUGAAAAAAAUGUUCAUGAGGCUUUGUGUGGAUGUAAAGUUUGGUCUUGCAAAAGUUAAUUACUCCUAUUUCUUCAUUAAUUUCUCUAUAUUUCUUUGAUAGCAUUCACUUUAUAAAGGUUUAAUGCUCUUAGUAAAUUUAGAGCUUAAAUUAUUAAAUGCCUUUCUCUGAUAGGUAAUUCAAGUUGCUGAAAAUUCCAUGGUGACUAUGGACUUCCGACUUGAAAGAGUGCGAGUUUUUGUGAAUGCAGCUGGAGUGGUUGUUCAACCUCCAACUACUGGAUGAGACUAAUGGGAGAAUUAACACAAAUGCACAGUGAAGUAGGAGGCUAUAUUUCCCAAGAAUUUGUGUUUUUACAUAAUUGCUUACAGUGCAAGUGCAGCACAUUUACUCAACAAACUAUUUAAUAAUAAAUAAACAAGAAUGCCAAAUUAAUAAAUGAGACAAAGAUAAGAUAAAAGUGAAAGACCAAAAUGGAACAUGACUAAAUCUUACAAAUUAAAUUUGCUUUCUUUCCUAAAGAAGCUGAUUAAGUGUCAUUAAUUAAUUUCAGAUCAGAGAAAUUGCCUUUUUUUAAAUUGUUGUUGAUUUGUUAUUGAUUCAUGAAUAUUCACUGUGAUAAUUCUACUAUUAUGAUCUUACUUAAUUUUGUUGUAAUUAAUUUAUUUGUUUAUCUAUACAAAUAUUUUGAUUUGUGUAGAAAAUGAAGUUUUUGCUUAACUUUGUUUAAAAAAAAUCAACGAUUCAUCCCUAUUUAUGACUCUACGUGUAAUGAUAUCAAAGUAUAUUUUUCUUCCCUGGGGCAAGUUACGGUGUUUUUUAAAAUUUGUUGCAAAGGAUUAAAAAGGAUUUGUUUUUGGAGAUAAUAAAUUAAAUUACUACUUUAUCCUUUUUGCACAAUCACCUCAUUGUCUAUAAAUUAUAGGUAGUUAUUCAUGCAACGAGUGACAAAGUCCUAUUUAUGAUGUAAGUGACUUUGAUCCUGUAUCUUUUUUGUUUUCUGGUGCAAUAACAACAGUAACUCUUUCUGUUAUACUCAUUAGACAUAGCCACAUUAUGAGGGCUUGUUUUUGAUAAGAGCUCUAUGUUUAUUCUCAAAAUUGAACAAAGCCAUACAAAAAUUGUCCUUAUUAAAACUGUACAACCUCUUUAUUGUGAUUUUAAUUUUUAUAUUUUAUUUUUUCAAAUAAAUAUUCAAUAGCUGUCUACUAAGAAUCUCACAGACCAAAUGGUUUAGAUUUUGUAACAAAUGUGGCCAUUUACUUUAAAAGAAACUGAACUCAGGAAGUUUAAAGCCAUAUUAAACAGGAUAUAUUAUGCUGGUAUAUUUUUAAAAGAAGAAAUGCAUGAGUAUGCAUCUCCAGGUUUUUAAAUAGUGUAUUUUCAGUCAGUGAUAUGACCAUAAGUUAUGACACAAAAUAAAGACAUUGCUAAGUGGUGUACAAGAAUCACAUGUUACAUGUGUUAGUGAAUGCCUCGACUUUUGAGUUGUAGGACCUGCUUUCUAACAUUUGAAAAAUACUAUUCAGAUUUUUUAAACUUCAAAUUUCUUUGAUUGAAAUUAGCUGAAGUGAUUAGAGUAAAAAUUAUAUCAUGUAGUUGUAUUUGUAGUCACCAAUAUUUACAGGGCUGUCUAACUUUUAAUGGAAACUUUCUGUUGACACUAUUUAAUUCUGUCAACAUUGGUCCACUAAAGAUUUCAGAGAUUAAAAAUAUUUCAUCAAUAGCUUUUUGUUAGGGUAGCCAGCAAAUUGGUCUGUCUUUUUAAGAGCAUCUACAAUAAAGUCAAAAUCAUAUUUUUUAUUAUUUUUUUUUAAAAUAAUGAAUGUUUUUUAUUUGUUGUUCCAACUGUGCCUUAUAAAAAAAUUAUUACUCAUCUAUUUAUCCUGUGCUUAUUUUAACAGGCAAUAAUUUAAUGGUGAUUGAAACUAAUCAAAUAAAAAUCAUGUAUAAAACUGAA